GCUCUUUCAGUGCGUCUGACCCCGGACAGUUAGACCUGCCACGACGCAGAGCGCAGACACUCUGUCCGCGGCAGUGUGUUCCCUAUUUUUGGUCUCUUUUAACUUUUCACCAUGAGUACAGCCGGUUCAGAGCACGUGUUUUUCACUACUUUACAGCCCAACACUUCAGUUACAACUUACGCGCUCCCGUCUGAGAUCAAUGGGGGCUCCGUAUCUGACAGCUCGGCGAAAGCGCGGCGCGUCCAGCAGCAGAUCCAGAUGAGACUGGCGGAAAAGUCUACACUUCCGCGUCAAAAUGGAUCCACCUCACACUACGCCAUGUCAGAUUACGGUGGUUCAUCAUCAGUGAAAUAUAACACCUACCAGCCGAGUUUCAGCUCUAAAUCAUCCUUCAUGUACACUGGCUCCAGAACACUCGGUCCACAAGCAUCUCAAAGGGGCUUCAGCACCCGUUCUGCUGCCCCAGACCUGGCUGAUUUUCAGAGGAUGAGUAUUAGGAGUGGAGGUGCAGGUCAUGGAGUUGGUGGUGGUGGAGGUUUUUAUCAAGAAGAGAUUCGCAUGGGUGGCUACCAAGGGAGCAUCAGACAGCCAAGAGUGGACCCAGGAAUCAUCUCUUCACAUUCAAUUCCAGUGCAAAUGAAACCCUGGAAUAUUGAUAGUAGCGACGCUGGAAGUUUAGUCUCUGAACGUGAUGCAACCUUCGGUCACCAGUAUGCUCAAAGCGCAGUGAAUGGCUACACGAGCCAGGUGAGGCAAGGGGGAGGCAACUCGGCCUUUCAGUCAACCAUGCGCCGGUCCCUUAGCGGCACUCUUUCCCGUGGUGGAGGGAUGUCAGGAGGAGUGACAGAGAUUGUCCAGCAACCGUCCUUCAAAGGCCCAGCCCACCGCACCAUCAGCAGGAUUACAAACCGCAACCGGAUGAGCAUGGGCUCUGUGUCUGGAACCAUGCAGCCAGUGUCCUCGGGGGGGAGCUUCUAUGGUGGAGGUGGAGAUGUAGUGGACCAAGGGUUCAUGGUAUCCACAUUGUCAGGUUCCCAGGGGAACCUAAUGCAGCGUCAAGGCACCAUGUCCCGUGCCAUGUCAGUGAAAAGCAUGCACAGUGUGGGCAGGGGCAUGGAUAUCUACGAAGGGCAGAUGGAUCUGGGAGCCAGCAUGGGCAACCUGAGCGGGAUCACCAUGUUGGACAUGCGCGCAGCAGUGCAGAACCUGAGAGAGUCUGAGCCUGACCUACAGGUCCUGGGUGCUGCAUACAUUCAGCAUCAGUGUUACAAUGACAAAGAGUCUAAAGAUGAGGUGCGUAAUUUGAAAGGCAUUGUGGAACUGGUGAAGCUGUUCAAGAGCAAAAACCCAGAGGUGCGACGCUAUGCCACUGGUGCUGCACGCAACAUCAUCUAUGAGAACAUGGAAAACAAGAUGUCCCUGAUUGAACAGGGUGGCAUCGAAAAUCUUGUCGAUGCUCUUAAGGAGCCGGAUGAUGAGCUCCGCAAAAACAUCACAGGUAUCUUGUGGAACCUUUCUUCCAAAGAAAGUCUGAAGGAGAAACUGGCCAAACAGACGCUUUCUGAGCUUUCUGAUAAGGUCCUCACCCCUCUGUCGGCUAGCGUGGUGGAAAAGGCAUUGGACGUAGAUUCAGAAUCUGACAACGUCCAUGAGUCCCCUUCUGAGACAGAAAUCUUCUGCAACACCACAGGAUGCCUCAGGAAUUUGAGCUCUGCGAGCGAAAAGACCCGUAGUAUGAUGAGAGACACACGAGGACUUGUGGAAUCCUUGGUGAACUACAUCAAGGCCUCCCUCAAAAAGAACAGAGCAAAUGAAAAGGGGGUGGAGAAUUCAAUGUGUGUCUUGAGGAACCUCUCCUACCAGCUCUACAGCGAACUUCCUCCAUCUAUUCUCCAGCGCCUUGCAGGACCAACCAGAGAUCAGGACAAAGGGGCGGGAGAUUUUACCGGUUGCUUUACGCCUCAGAGCCGAAAAACCAAAAAUAAAAAGAACCUGCUUCCUACUGUUAGUGAAGUUGCUCGAACGCCAAAAGAGAAGGAGUGGCUCUGGCACCCUGAUAUACUGAAGGUGUACCAUGAAUUGUUCCAAAAAGCUGAAAUCAACAGGACCACCCGCGAAGCGGCUGCUGGGGCACUGCAGAACAUCACGGCUGGGGAACACAGGUGGGCUUCAGUGAUGAGCUGUAUGGCUUUGGAGAAGGAACAGAUCCUGCCAACCAUCAUCGACAACCUGCGUACUGAAAAUGAUCUAGAGCUGCGUUCUCUCACAGGUUUCCUCCGAAAUCUGUCCCGCCAUACCGACAAGAAGGACCACAUGGCUUCAAAGGUGGUGAGCCCACUGGUGGAAAAGCUGCCCGAGGCUGAAAAUCAGAAGCUUCCCUCCAGCGAUGUGAUGGUGAACAUCUGCGGUGUUCUCAAUAACCUGGUGACUAACAGCAUUAAUACAGCUAGAGACAUCACCACCUUUGGUGGCCUGCAAAAACUGAUGAACAUCAGGGACUCCCAUGACCACAGCCCUGAGAAGCUGAAAGCAUCCAAAGCAGCGGCCACAGUUAUCACCAACAUGUAUAAUUACAAGAAACUGCAGAGACUGUACCAGUCGAAUGGAUACUCAAAACAGCAAUUUAUAGACAAUACAUUCUAAAGUGGAGGUAAUAUAGGAGAAACUGAAUUCUGCAACAGCGAACAGUCCUGAGGUCUACCAACACUCUCUGGAAGAAAUCUAUUCAAGGGUAACAUCUGCUCAGUCUUUAUCGGCAAUAAUUUAUGAUAAGAAUAAGAACAGACAGGUGAUAGGGGAUCCAUCCAAAGGAAAUAUCAGUGGACAUUGAUGCAGUGCAAGAAUUAAUGGACUCUUAUACUCAUAUGUGCACCAUGACCAUUUACUCUCUUUGUUAGAUCACUGUAUGUGUUUUAUAUGUAUGUGUAUAAUCAGGGAUUUAGUUUCUGUCUGUUUUAAAGCAGUUCCUGGACACUUGUGCCUUAACUUUUAGCAAAACUCUCUUUUCAUUUAUGGUUCAAAUGUAACAAGUGUGGUUCAAACAUGGCCUCUUUUUUUUUUGUUGUAAAUAUUGCUUCGUAGAAAUUACAUUAAAUGUUUUAUAUACAGCAGUCCUCUAGUUUUCAGAUAAAUAAUGUCUGUUAUAUUUGAAUGCAAACCAUAGAUUUAUAGAAAUUUGGAUGUAAAUAAAUUAGCCUUGGGGAUCUGAACUUUUGUUUAUACAUGUCUUUCGUCUUAUUCAGUGCUGUUAUUGUAAUUGCUUUUUUUUCUGGUGCGAUGAAUGGUGUGUGUUUAAUACAUGGGUGGCAGGAUACUUGUUGCAGGACAGAUAAAAAAAAAAAAAGUGUUUAUCAUUUGAGUGCUCUGCUGUGUGGCAAAUUGUACAUUUUAAUAUCGUUGAAAACUGGACCCAGCAUGCAGUAAAUCUAUUGUGUAAAGUCUGUUGUAUACAAAGUAAAUUUCUUAAAAACAGAUUAAUCUCUGAUUUGUAGCAGUUGCUACUCAGUGGCAUAAAUGGUGACCUUGUGUUUCUGUGUGGUUGCUUGAAGACACUUAUUGUUUUAUGUUGCUUACAGGCAGAGGGGUAUCAUCUAGAUAUUUAACAUCCAAUAAAAUGACACAUUUGGAAAUGAAA